AGAACUUCCGUCCCACAGUGGGGUCAAACUUUCAGGUGGGCUGCCGCUGAAUGUUGCUGUUGGGAUCCAGACUCACAACUAUCACGGAAGGAGCUCCAUAUUUUAGCACUUCAACAAAGAAAUGCAGGUCUAGAAAGCCAUCGCAUAAACAACACGGGUUUUGGAGCAGCUUACUGGACUUUAUCGAACGCCGAUGGACUAGGCAAGACCGCACUGAUAAAUAAACUCAACUCAUGACGCGGUAGCAUAAUGGAGAACCUCACCAUUUCCGACCCUCCCCCUCCUGCCAUGCAACAUGGUGGCCCCGGGGGGAUGCCGCCUGCUCUCGGUCGUCCCCCGCCGCCACCUCAGCAACUCCCCGCGCAGAUGUUUACGACUGCCGCCCAACUCUUAGACCUUACCGACAAAAAGCUGAUGGUAGCACUGCGUGACGGACGGAAGCUUGUGGGAAUCCUGCGCAGCUGGGAUCAGUUUGCAAACUUGGUGUUGCAGUCCACCAAGGAGAGGAUUUUUGUCGCACCCGAAACGGCGCCAGACCAGCCCCGGGGUCUCUACGCAGACAUCGACCGGGGCCUGUUUCUCGUGCGUGGAGAGAACGUGUUGCUACUGGGCGAGAUCGACCUCGACAAAGAGGACGACGCUCCCCCGGGGUACGACCUGGCCGAUAUUGAACUUGUCCAGAAUCUUGCGAAGCAGCGGAAGCAGCAGGACAAGGUCAAGGAGAAGACGAAGGUGAAAAUGCUCGCUAAGGAGGGGUUUGAAGGGGAAAAUCUGGGCGAGAUCCUGCUCUAACGGUGGGAGACGUCGACUCGACAGGGAGAACAGUGGUUUGGAGGCAGAAUAUUGUGAAAUGCUUUCCAUCCACUCCAUGGCCAAGAGCCACAAGGCCUCAUAGAAACGAGCGCCGAAAGCCUAUGAUAGUGACGAGCCAGGAUGGAAAUUACGAC